CGAUUACAGUAGGCUGGGUGGGCGCAGCUAUCGCACUUGAACUUUGGAGAGAAUACAGAGAGACACAAUAUGAACACAAUGUGGAUAUUUUACGCAUUCCUGAUCCACGUACUUCUCCUGGGCUCGAUACUUGUGAUCAACUUUCGUUCGACUGUCAUCAAGGGCCUACAGCCACAGACACCACCCUUUGCAUACGUCUUGGAAGCUCCGGCGAGUCGGUUGGUCCUGUUUGCUACUGACGGACUGCGUGCCGCUUCGUUUUUCGAAGACAACUGCCGCCAUGUGCCGCACUUGCGGGAGAUAUUCAUGCGCGAGGGCUUGGUUGGAAUAUCGCGCACCCGAGCCCCCACCGAGUCUCGACCGGGACACAUAGCCCUGCUAGCGGGCUUCUACGAGGAUCCAUCGGCAGUUUUCACAGGCUGGAAAGGGAAUCCCAUUGACUUUGACUCGGUGCUCAAUCGCAGUGGUCACAGCUUCUCCUGGGGAUGUCCGAACAUAAUGGGCGUAUUUGAGAGGGUGACCAAGGGCAGAGGCGACGUGCUCUUCCAUUCCUUCAAUGACUCCGUGUACGAAUCGGCAAGAUUUGCCACCUACAAACUGGACGAAUGGGUGUUUAGCCAAGUCAGCGGCGUCCUUGAUCUCAUGAAAAACAACUGGAGCAGCUCCAGCCCGGUUGUGUUCUUCCUGCACUUGAUGGGCUCCGAUCGGGCCGGACAUGUCCACAAGCCAGCAACGAUCCUCUUCCACAAAAGCCUUAACAUUACGGAUCAUGGCAUUUGGGAGAUGUACCAGAAAUUCGAGGAAACCUUCCCCGAUAAGAAAACAGUUUACUUGCUGACCUCCGACCAUGGCAUGACAGACUCAGGCAUCCAUGGUGCUGGCACGCCGCAUGAAACCGAAACACCCUUCAUGCUCUGGGGCGCAGGCGUUUCCCGUAUCGCUUCCACCGUGGGAGCCCGCAAAUUUGUAGCCAACGAUGAGGGUCUCCAGUUGCCGUUGCAUGAGCUCGAGCAGGCACAGCUGACACCACUGAUGUCCGCGCUGAUUGGCCUGCCUCCUCCGAUGAACAACUUUGGGGUACUGCCCACCGGUUACAUGGCUGUGAGUGAGGAGUACCAGGCCAUGGCUGCUCACAGCAAUGCGCUCCAGUUGUUGGCGCAAUACGAGAAGCUGCUGGAGCAGCACAGGCAGGGACUCUUUGCUGACUUACUGAACAACUUCGAUGAGCUGUCGCCGGCAGAAAUCAAUACGUACAAGCAGCUGGUAGUCAAGCUGCACACGGAAAAGGCCUAUGCGAAAUCUUUGGCCAGGAGCAAUGUCGUCAUGGAGCUAACUCUGAAGGGAAUAGACUACUAUCACGGCUACUAUCGCAAUUGCCUACUGCUAAGCACUACGGCCACCUUCCUCGGUUGGAUAUUCUACCUGUAUCGACUGCUGUCCAGGAACGUGGCGGGAAGACUUCAGAUAAUGCUCGAAAGGCAGGAAAAGGUGUACGGAGUAACAUUGGAUGUCUCCAUGUUCCUGUUGCUGUUCUUUUUGGUGGCCCAGCGAGCACCGAUAGCCAUUGCAUUCUACUUGUUGCUCCCGUUGCCUGUAUGGAUGCUGGCACUGAAGCCCAAGGCGUGCGGAUCCUCCUCCGCAGCUGUCCCGACCAGUCAGCCUGGAGCCCCUGCACGGCUGACUUCGGCGUCGCAACUUUUACUGAUUACUGUAUGCGCUGAGCUGAUGGUGUUCACCUUCUUCGAGCGUCGUCUGAUCUCGGUGUGUUUUGUUGCCUUUGGAUGCUACAACAAUUGGAGAAACUUCGUGCCCAAUUCCCGGGAAUUCUACUCCUGGCUGGCGCUGGUCGUCAUCCUAGCGUGUUUCCCUUUGCUGCCGCUGUCAGACGGCUACCAGAACUGGUAUCUUUUUCUGGCUGGCAUUGUGCUAGUUCCUCUCAAAGCAUUUUGGUCCAAGAAGCGGCGCUUCGGCUACAGCUAUCACACCAAGUACUGCAAUGCUCUGAUCCUGUUGAAUACCGUCAUCUGUGCGUAUCUGGACUCGGAGGAAUACGAAAUACCCAUCUUGCUAUACCUAGCCAGCUGGUUUUUCUUGAUCUACGCCUUUGUCUCCGUUCUGAUGAACAAGGAGUCCAAUCUGGAGGUGCGUCUGGCGCAGAUCUGCUUCAAUCUGGGAUCUCUACAUGCUCUGCUUUCCACCUCAUACGAGUCCGCCUUCGUGCAGUUGCUCACCUUGGAACUGAGCCUAUCCCUUGGCGCUGUGAACGUGAACUCGGACAAAUCUGUUCUACGCGUGGCCUUCAGUAUUCUCCUCUACACAAUAUUCUCCUUCUUUGGCAUGGAAACGAUCAAAUCGGUCAAACUGUUUGAUUCCAACAGUGGACGCUGCUUCCUGGGGCAAUAUGCGCCAUUCAUUACCAUGGGUCUGGUUCUGGUGAAGCACUCCCUGCCGGUGCUGAUGAGCCUGUCAAUUUUCUAUACGCACUGCGAGUAUGCCCGUGUGAGGGAGCGGAAAAUCUUCAUCUGCAUAUUGAUAAUUUCCAACAUAAUGGGACUAAACUUCCUGUUCCUGGUGCGCAAUAAGGGAUCCUGGUUGGACAUCGGCUCGUCCAUAUCGCAUUUUGUCAUCAUGGGCUUGAUUACUCUGGUGCUUCUUCUGCUGAGUUGGACUGCCAAGCUGCUGCUGGGUCUGAUUGCAAUCGUCUACGGGCUAACCUGGGCUGAUCGUUAAAUGUCUCGUUAAUUGUCUCCAUAAAAUCGGCACGGCACCGAUUGAAAUGUAUCGAAAAAUACACUAGCUCGUUGUAUCGUAUCGCAUUGGAUACUUGGAUUUAUUA